CGCAGGCGGGGUUUGAUUACUUCUCCCUGAAUUUGUAUGCGUGUGUGUUUAUCUCGGGUGUUGGAGGCUCGAGCCGGAUCAUGAACGCGUCAUAAAGGAGCGCGAGGCGAGUGCGCGAGAAAGGAUUCGGGCUGCAGUCAUGACUAACGUAUAUUCUUUCGAUGGACUCCUGGUCUUUGGCUUGCUUUUUAUAUGCACCUGUGCAUACCUAAAGAAAGUUCCCCGACUAAAUAAGUGGCUACUAUCUGAAAAGAAAGGGGUAUGGGGUGUAUUUUACAAAGCUGCAGUAAUAGGAACAAGACUUCACGUACCAGUUGCACUGUCUUGCCUUGUCAUGGGUGUUUAUGUUUUGUUUAUUAAAUGACCACCGUGAUCCAAAUAUGAUGAAGAACGUAAGAGGAACAAUAUUUAGAAAAACAUGCAACAAGGAUUAUGAUCAGAUAAUGUUUCCUUUCUGUACAAGAACUGAACACUAUACCGUUUACCCUCUCGUGCUAUCCUGGAGGUGCUUGGAAGAAACAUUAACUAAUGGAAAAGUAAAUUGCUGGUAUAUACAUGGUCCGUACUAAAUCCGUAUCUUUAUUCCAAGGUGUGUGCUUACAGCAAAUCUUCUGUUUCACUUGAAAACAACAUCAUGAAAGACUAGUCAGACAAUUAGUCAACAUCUUUGAGUAUUCAGCUUUGAAGGAAGUAUUUAUGUGGGUCAGUAAGUUUAGAAAUAUUUUGAAUUGAAACUAUAAUCCUGAGAUCAUUUAAAAUAGGGUUUCUUUUUCAAUUUCUGAAUUUAAUCAGCUACUAAAUUUUCAAUUUAAAACAGGAAAUUUUGUCUUGGCAUAUUUUGUCUAAGAUAAUGCGAUUGUUGUACGUUGAUCCAAUUGACUAUGUUUGCUAUGUCUUCCUAAAAUGAUGUAUACCAUGAUUAAAAAUGUAAUGCUUUAUUCAUAAUUUAGGGUGUUGUGGUAAAGUUUAUAAAUGAGAUACUUCACCAAAAAAACAGCAGUUAUAAACUGGAAUCUGUAAAGUGACUUUGUAAUGAUGAGGAUGCCCAACCUGCCUUAAAAAGUCCUUACUUGUAAGAAGGUGACUGCAUUGGUUUUAUUGACCCAAUGGUUACUGAGAUGAAGGUAGUCGAUUUGUUGGACAUUUCUUUCCUUUUGAUAUUGAAGUUGCAGCAUAUUUUCUUGCAAAAUGUUAUCUGCACUUCAAGGGAUUAUCAUUAUUUUGAAAAGUACAAUAUUAAAUAAAAACAACUGUUGCAAGGAUAAUGUGUUUUAAAUUUUAAUACAGUUUUUCUUGUAUCUUUUGAAGAGUGCACCUGGAUUUGAGGUUGUGUUCUUUCUAUAGCUGUUCAGAGAGGAAGAAAUUGAAGUGAGCAAUACUGACUGUGGCACCAGUGAAAUGUUUUAGUGCAGCAUAUACAACACCCUUUGAGCAAUUGUAUUCUCGGACAUGGAUUUGCUAAGAUCAGACUUUGGGCAAUUGCAGCACUGUUUGUGCCUGUCACAGGAUUCUUAUUUCCCCAGAUGUGCAAUUGCUAAUGCACUGGAUGCUGUGAUAUAUUGAGUUUUUUAAAAAAAUUAUUUUCUCAUAUUAGCAACACCCUCAGGAAUCCCAACCUACUGAAGGUGUAUAUGACCAAUUCAGGUAUGCGUUGUGAAGAUUCUGCAAUUGUUCAUUACAAUAGUUGGAAAGCCAUCUAGGAUAUUUUCCCUUUUUUUCUCACCGUGUAUUUCUUUUUUUUUGGAGACAUUCCAGACAACUUUCUCAAAGCCAGCAAAUUGUCCAUUAGAUAUUUUACCAAUUUCAGUGCCAGUAGCCAGACCUGUAUAUGAAUCUUUGCUUUCCCAAACCGGAGUGUAUAUUUAUUUUCACAAUGUCCAGAUAAAUGCGUCAGCUGCAGGUUGAAUAGAUACAUCUAAAAUAGUGACAAGAGUAUCAUGUGCCAUGAUGUGGUUUCCUUGGCUUUGGACAGCAGAACAUUUCAAUUGAUUUGUGGCUGAGGCUAUCAAUUUAUUUAUUCAGCAUUGAACAGUUAAAUUUCUGACUGGACAAACAAUAGAUUUUCAGUAAAUGCAGAUUUUUUUUAUUCAUCAUGAGAAUAUAGGAAGUAACAAAGCUGCUGCUUCUAUAUUUAAAGGUUAGACUGAAUCUGAAACCAUAUCGUUAAGUAAUGCUUCUUUACUCUAGAUAUAGAAGUUGUUUGCCUGCUCUCAUUAUGAAGGGUUCAAACAGACUGAUUUAAAGUAAAACUGCCAGAGCUACAUGCUACCAAACAUUUGAUAGAACAAAGGAAAUUAAAAAUAUAUUCCUCCAACUGAAGAACAACUUGCGAUCAAACAUACUAUAUGAAGGCAGUUGUUGCAGUUUGGUACUAUGGGUGCAAAAUAUCCUCCAACAUUAUACCCAAGACACAGUUGUUCAUAAUUCAAUUUUAACUGUCUGUCUGUUGAGUGUUUAAUCACAGGGGAGAUGGUAGUCCAUGCAAAAUAAAUGUUAUAGUGCUUACUGAGAUCAUGAAAAUCAUAAUAAACAAAUAAAAGGUU